UCUGACACUAGCGUCAGCGUGGCGUGAAGGAUCGAGUUUGAGCAGAUCAUUAAUGGGCCUCGGUUUGCAUUCUACCUCGUUUGACCAGGUUCCGCCGGGUCGGUUGAGGCGUGAGGCGUUGUCUGAGACAGCUGAUGUCAGGCCGGGUCUUGUCACCAUUUAUUACCCUCAUCAAUUACCCUCAUCAUUAACUUAGAAAUAUUAAAAAAUAUUUGAAGUAUUAUUAUGGUUUAGACAUUUGUCACCAAAUAUUUGAAGUGAAAUAUUAAAAAUAUAAAAAAUACAUUGAUAAAGAAAAUAAGAAACAUAUUGGAGAAGGGAUAAUUACACGUAAAUCCAAUUCCCAGUAGGGACUUAUUUGGAAAAACAGCUAAUACAAGGGGGUUUCUGCAUAUUAUUUCCUUUCCAAUGCAAUUCGAGUGCGAGCCCAAUCCGUUGUUUUGAUCUUAAUUGGCUCGCUCGUGACUUGAUCUGAGCUGACUCAUUCGUCCAAUUGCGUUCGCGUUCGAUUCAAUUUAGAUGCGUAUGUAUGGAGACGGAGAGGGAGAGGGAGCAUUCGGCAACUGAAACUUCUGGAGAAAGAGGAACGAGAGAAGAAGGAAUGAGGACGAGGGACGAGACGGUGAUCUUGCGGGCCGAGGCGGUGUUUCUAUGCUCCGUCGGGCUCCUCGCUGCAUGGAUGCCUACCGCGGCGGCGCUGUGGCUCAGCCUGCCGACGUCGGGAACGAAGUGCGUGUCGGAGGAGAUUCACGCCGGUGUCGUCGCCAUGGCCGACUACGCCGUCAUCCACGACGACGAUCCCCGCAACACGCCCACGAUCUCCGUCAAGGUGACAGCACCAAACGGUGACACACUUCAUCAUAAAGGAAAUAUUACGAUUGGCCAGUUUGCAUUCACUUCCAAUGAACCAGGGACCUAUCUGGCAUGUUUCUGGCUGGAUGGUGCUAACAGAGGUGCCGGAACAAGUGUUGGCAUCAGCUGGAAGAUUGGGAUUGCUGCAAAGGACUGGGAAUCCAUUGCGAAAAAGGAAAAAAUUGAGGGUGUUGAGCUUGAGCUGAGGAAACUAGAAGAGGCUGUUGAGGUGAUCCAUGAAAAUUUGUUGUAUCUCAGGAACAGGGAAGCCGGCAUGAGAGAUGUAAGUGAGAAGACGAAUUCCCGUGUGGCAAUGUUCAGUUUCAUGUCCCUUACCGUAUGCAUUUUGGCUUCUGUCGUGCAGUUGUGGCACCUAAAAGGUUACUUUCACAAGAAGAAGCUAAUCUAGAUUUAUAGAUAUAUGAUCUAUAACAUCUCAACAUGCCGAUUAAUCCAUUCAUUUUUUAUUGAACAUGGGUUGUAACACCCCAUUUUGGGAGCUGGUGUUAAAACAAUCUAUCAUUCACUGUAAUUUCUUUUAUGCUUCUAACAAAUGUUAUCUUGUUUUCUCUC